AUGCAGCUGCUUUGGGUAAUGCUCUCUCUGGGCAGUGCCCUCGCCUCUGCCGUCCCCAGUUCUCAUCAACUCCGACUCCCUUUCGCUCCCUCCACCGACGACCUCGAAAAUUGCGUCAGAUCAAGACUCUCUAUAAAUUUGAGCAUUCAGAAUGGAAGCCUAUAUGCCAAUGACCACCAACUCUAUCCCCCAUCAGUGAUAAUGCAGCUCCAUGCGCCCCUCUAUGGCAGCGCAGACCAAAUCGACCCCAGUGACAAUACCGUGGAAUUGUCCUACACGCUCGACGUCGAGCCACUCCAGAACAACGACAUGGCAUCCAUCGCGGACAUGAUCCGUGUGCGAGUCGAGUGGUUCGAUCUGCAGAACAACCUGGUGUCACCUGACGCUGUAGCCGUCGACCUCCUUGCUUACCAAAGUGACAAGUACGAGAUGACCCGCAUCCGUGUCGAACCAGCCCGUGGCAGCGAUCAAGAUGGUCAUCUAUACGAGAAGAGCCAGCCCUGGGUGAUCAAUUACUGGAGGACACAAUUCGGCUCCGUCUUCGAUAAGCCCAAGACCGCGGAAACCACGGCGGCACCCCCGAUGGAAUCUCCCGCUCAACCCGAUGCUAUCCAGGUUAGCAGCAAUGAGAAUGAAACCCGUUCGGCACCGGAGACUCAUUUCUUUUCGUUCUGGGCCACUCCCGCUAACCUCCACCGCCACGCUGAACACCGUCAUCCUCACUACCGCCAUCACAAGAACUCCUUUAUGCGCAUCAUCCGUCCCAUCGUCGUUCCUGCUUUGCUAGGUGUCGUCGCCGGGUUGGUGGCUUGUUUGGUUGGGUUCUUCAUCGGACAGCUGCUGGCCUCAUUGGGGGUGUGCCUUGGAUGGCAGAGGGUACUAGGCUACCGGUCCCGGAUUGUCUCAGAAGAAGAAGGCACGGUUUCGGAAAAGGCCUCCAUGUUGCUGCAUGUUUACGUGGCGGACACUGCCGAGUCAGAGUCGAAUGACUCGGUCUAA